AUGGCGCACUUCUACAGUGACCUGAGGCCUGAGACCCUGGGCUGCCUGGUCUAUCCUAGCUGGAGUCGUGUGCCAGAGCUCAGGAGAGCGCACUUCACAGCUCGGCCGAGUCAGAGGCCCCGGGGGCAAGGACAGGCGUGUGCCACCGCCCGGGACAACCUUCCACCGGCAGGGUCCCUACCUUACCAGCCACUGCCCAGGAUGCCUCCUAAAACCGAUUGCUCACCAGCCUCCUUCACCACCGACCGGGAGCAGUUCUCUCCCCUCUCCGAGGACGACAGCAGCUCGUUCGAGUGCAGCAGUCUCGUCCUGUCUCCAGACGGUGCUCCGACUCCCCGCCUGGGCUCCGGGGACGAAGCGGGAGGCUUGCGCACCCGAAAGGUGGGGCAGGGCGCCUCGGAGACCAGGAGGAAGAAAGCGAGGAGCCGCGCCAGAGUUAAGAGCGAAGCCUCGGCCACCAGACAGAGGAAGAACCGGCGCAUAAAAGCCAACGACCGGGAGCGCAACCGCAUGCACAAUCUGAACGAUGCGCUGGACGCGCUUCGGUGCGUCCUGCCCACGUUCCCGGACGAUGCCAAGCUGACCAAAAUCGAAACGCUCCGCUUCGCCCACAAUUACAUCUGGGCACUGACCGAAGCUCUGAGGAUGGCGGAACAAGGGCGACAGGCUUAUGUGCCCAACAGCAGAGGACCCUCCUUCGAGCUAACCAGCUCCCCCAGCCUCUGCCCGCCCUCGCCCUCCUCCUCGGACUGGGACUGCUCGCACUCCGCCGAGUCCCUGAGCCCCCAGAGCUCGGCCGACGAGAUGUUCCCGGCGGCGCAGCAGGAGCGCACUCACUCCCUGCACAGCCCUCCCUUCGCCGGCUUCGUUUGA